UAAUAUUUAACUUGGAAAUGCCAACAUCUGCCACAAAUUCUGAUUUUGAGAUCUUGUGCUCAUUAAUAUUAGCAAUCAAUGGAAGUGAUAAGUCUUCAAAAUGGCCACCUCCACAGAAUAAUAAAAAGGGGUCAUCGGAUGGAUUCAAUACAUUUCUCAAGAAACAGGCCUCUACUCUAGUUGGCAAUAAUGCAGAGCGGCGGCCCACUUCCAGAGCGGAGGGAUGUUCUUGGUGAUCAUUUGUAUUCACUGGUUAUAUCCCUUGAUGUGACAGCCAAUGAGGCAGGACAGUUGACUGGAAUGUUACUGGAGAUGGGCAAUGAUAAGGUGUUGAAGAUGCUGCAGGACAAGCAUCUGCUCCAGGCUAAUGUGAAGGAAGCUCAGAGUGCCCUCAAAAGACAUACUGAUUGUAAAGGUUUUGAGAAUGAGGAACUAGCAGAAAAGCUUUACCAAAGGAUUGAAGAUCAAGAACAAGAAAAUUGUGCAAAAUUAACUGGCAUGCUGCUUGAAUUGAAUUGUGAGGUGAUCAAGAAGCUCCUAUCAUCCAACAAAGAACUAGAAACUGCCAUUAGUAAAGCAAAAGCCUGCCUUGACAAUGAUGAGAAUCGAUCAAGUGUUUCAGACAGGGAAAAGGAACGCAUUGGGGAUGAUUUGUUUGACCUGGUGUUUGAAAUUAAUCCAGACUUUGCUGCAAAAAUAACAGGUAUGCUCCUGGAGAUGGAUAUAGGUAGUGUGAAGGUGCUUUUAAGCUGCCCAAAGCGUUUGAAAGAAAAGGUGGAUGUGGCGUACAAAGCUCUGAUGCAAUCGUCUAGUUGAUGAUAAUCUUUCAUAAAGCUGGUGGUUAGCCAUGGACAAAAUAUUGAUGUGCUACAGGCUCUUGAAAUCAAACUCAGUGUCAACAUCAUGGGCAUAGGCUGUGGAAGGUUGUGCCCCCCCCCCCCUGCACCCCAUAGCAGCAAGUUAGUUCCACUGAGUGGUUAAAUCACUAAAAAUUCUUUUAUUGGAAUAGGGAAUUAACUCUGCAUAUAUUGCACGUGUUCCUCCUCCCCGUAAGUGGAAAAUUGUAACAGUAUUUAUUCAGAGCAUUUAAUUACUUGGCUGUUGUUAGAAAUGCCUAAGGCAGUACCAGCUUGAAUCAUCACCAUCAUCACGUUGUUGAGGGCACAGCAGGAAUUAUUUUAAUUGUGAUGCGUUAGUGCAUUAUGUAUUAAUCCUUGGUCUUUCCAGUGUUUUAAAUGUGAUAUAUUUCAGGAUUUUACUUGUGAACUCAUUAUGCCAUUUCAAAUUAUUAAUUUUAAAGUUUCCUCACAGUAUGUUGAAUGGGAAUACCAAAUUAAGUUUGGUUUCCAUACAAUCAGUACAACGAUUGCACUGAGAGCACUGUAGCGACAGUGUAGCGAUUUUAAGGAAACAUGGCUUUAGACGACACGUUUUCUAAGUUGCUGCCUGAAAUUGGAGGAAAUAAACGGACAAAUACCAAGACAGCCAACCACACCUUCACAAAAAGACAAGAUUGUUAUUGUCCGGCAAAGAACACUAGCGAAUUUACUAUUGGAUUUUGUCAUGAUUAGUUUGUAAUAUUAUUAGCCUCUCCCACUCUUAUACAUGAUUUGGAAGUAAGAAAGACUUAACACAUGCACUACUAGUGCUGUAUAAGAUAAAGAUAUUUUAUGAUAUGUUAUUUAAAGUAAUUAAUAUUAAAUUAGAAUUCAUUAUAUAUUUUUAUACUUAUGAGGCAUAAAAGCAGUAUUGGGUAUUGAUGACUAAAAAUAUAAUUUCUGCUUGGCUUAUAUUGUACUCUAUUUAUUAAAUUGAUUUUUGUGAAAGCUUGUGGAAUAAAUAUCAUUAGUCUUAAAAA